AUGCAGGGACAAGGAUGGGAAUAUAAGUUCAAAUCUUUGAUAAAGGACAUGGGUAUUGAUUUUAAAUUUAUAAAAAACAAAAUUCCUGAAAAUAGCAUUCUAAUUAAUAAAUAUAAUGACUUAGAUCACCCAUUUACUCCUAAUAGCGAAGAAUCAUCAAAAAGCUUGAAAGAGUUUUUUUAUAAUUCAGAUGAAACAUUCAGUAAUUCGUUAAGUUCACAAAUGACAAAAAACUCAUCUACAUCUACAAAACUUACACAAGAAUAUAUUAAAUUACCACUACAUAAUGAUACUAUGUUAAAAAAUGUCAAGCAGGCCGAAUAUAUUUGUAAUGAACGAUAUAUUCAAAUAAAACGAGAAUACUUGAGAAUUUGGUUUCAAAAAACUAGGAAUAUUAAUAUUAAAUUCCAGCUUAUGUAUUCUAAAGCUAUUUUGCAUGAUAAAUAUACAUUGACUUCUCAAGCAUUAGGAUUUUGGUUUCAAAAAUCAUUAUAUUACAAAAAAAUAAAAAACAAUGCACGGAAUGCAGGAAACUAUCUAAUCAUUGAAAAAUGUUUUAUAAAAUGGACGAAAAUGUUUUAUAUAAAAAAAAAGAAACAUCAGCAUUUAUAUAAUUCUAUAUUAAUGAAAAUUUUCUUAAAUGCAUGGCGAAAAAUAUGGAUAAUGCAAUAUAAAGUGGCAGCAUUAUACCGCCUAUCUUUUUCAUUUUCUAUAUGGAAAAAAAAAUUACUAAUACAAAAAAAAAAAUUAUUUAAAGCAAUUAAAUUUCAAAAACUGCAUAUUUUAAAAACUAUAUUUCUUAAAUGGCUUGCAAAAGUUCAUCUAAAUAAACUACAAUUAAAUAAAAAACUAAAAAAAAAGCAUAAUGCUUUUUUAUUAUGGAAAUGGCAAUUUCAGAUAAUAUCAAGAAAAAAAAAAACUAUCAUAGGAAAUUAUUCAAAAAAACUAAUAAAUUAUUAUUAUAAAUUAUGGUUUCAGAAACUAGAACAAAACAACAAAAACAUUAUCAAAGCAAUUAAAUUAUCAAAUAAUUUAAACUUAGUUAAAACCUUCCAAUUAUGGAAUUGGAUUGAAAGACUUUCUCUUUUAAAAAAAAACAAAAAAAGAGCGGAUGAAAUACUUUUUACAAAUACAAAAAAGAAAUUUAUUAAUCAAUGGAAAAAAAAAAAUAAUGAUAUACAGAAAAAAAAUAUUAUUGCAAAAUAUACAAGUAAUUGUUUUUAUAUAAGGCAUAGUAUUAUUCAAUGGAAAACAAAGUUUAAUAAAAAAGCUAAAAUGCGAAGAGAAGAACACGUUAAUUCAUUCAUCUAUAAUCAUGAUCUUCAACUUUGUCAUAAAGUUAUUUUAAAUUGGAGAUGUUAUCUUAAAAGUAUCAUAUUAAAUCAAAAUGUUGCUCUUAAAUUUCGUGUCAACAAAUUUCAAUAUCUUAUAAUACAUUUUUUCAAUAUUUGGGCAAAUAAAUAUAAAAUUAUUAACACAAUGUUUUUAAAAAUUCAGAAAAAAAAAAAGUUAAAACAUAUUAGAUUAUACUUUAUGAAAUGGAAAGCAAAACAAAAUAUUAUAUUUAUUAUGAAUAAUUCUGCUUUAACUAUUUUAAUAAAAAAAAACCAUAUACUUAUAAAAAAAUACUUUAGAAAAUGGGAACUAUAUAUAUUGCAAUUACGAGGACCAGAAAUUCAAGCACAUCUUUUUCAAAAAAGACAAAUUAUAUUAUUUAUGAAAACAACAUUUCAUUUUUGGCAACAACAAUUUAAAAAAAAAAAACUAUAUCAAAAAAACAAUACAAAAAAAAAUAUUAACUCUAUCCUGUCUGGAAAUUUAUCAAAUAUUACAUCUCUUAAUAAUUUGACGCUUUCACCUUUUCUAAAUAAAUUAGAAUAUACAAAAUUUUAA